AUGAGCGCAGACUGCGAGGGAUAUUAUAACGCGGAGAAUGUGUUGGUUAGUGCCUUCACGUGCCCGAAACCCGACAACGAUGUGCACGCGAUCUACUGCUGUGGGUUCAAUGACGUCAAAUACUGCUGCGACGAUCCCAAUAGCUUUUUCCCAUACGAGUAUGGAUACAUGUGGUGGCUCAGUUUGGGGGCUCUGGUUGGUUUGUCUAUAGCUGCUGUGGUGUUAUUAGCCUUCAUCAUCACACUAUGUGUGCUAUGCUACCUGUUUAUUGCCACUAAACCCCGGGGUUUGGACAACGGACUGCCUCUACAAGCGGCAGAGGAAGUGACAGAAGAAGGUCCGAGCCAACCCAGUGGGCCAUCAGGACCGCAAGGGUUCCGCAAACAUUUCCUAAGGGCAAAACUAGACUGUGACAACCAGCCACCUGAUCCAGAACGCCUGUUCCAGCGCUGCUUCAUGGCUACGGUUACCACAAUCAAUGUAGAGGGACCUUCAUAA